AUGCAGCUGAUACAAUCCUUGCGAGAUGAGAUCAUCAACUCCAAGGCAAAGUACAAUAUAAUCGAAUUGAUUCCAGACGACUUGGAGCUAGGAGAUGGAUCGGAGAGAAAGUCGGGCCCCUUUACUACCCAUGCCGAUGACUCCUCCUCCUCCCUUGAAAUUGGUGUACACAAGAGAGCCUACUUGGAGAUGUUCAUGGCUUCCCAUGCCUACUUCUACGAGCAUCGACAGCAACUCUACAACCUCCAGGCUCUAUCGCUAGUGGAAUUGCGGGAAACAUAUCUCAUGACGUUGGGGUAUCUCAUAACCACGAAUGAAAACCACACGAUAAUCAAAGUCCAUGCGCAAACGGUGGCGAUCUUGGACAAUUGGCUAGAGGACCUCGAGAUCGUCACGAGUUUUUUAACUUGUCGGAUGGCACGUAUCAAUAAAAGCAGCUCGCUUUGGGCUUGGCUUCGACGAGUGGUGCAAAAGUGUCUGCAUAAACGAGAGCAUGGCAGCAAGUUGGUGAUUGACGACCGAUGCAUUUCCCGCGCACUCAAGAGUUGUGAUUUGCACUUUGCCAAUUACUACGGCAAUAGCUUUUUAAGGUGGUGUAUCGAGAUGGAGGGUUACCAUGAAGAGUUCAAGAGUUGGUGGCGGCAGUUGGCUCAAUUGUGUGACCAGCGGCUUUCUGAUAGUUCGUUGUGGGGAACGUUGAACUUCUUGUUGCUGCGAAGCAGAGGCGAGAAUGGUGAGCCUCGACCCCGAGGUUACACCAGCAACUUGGAGAGACACAGGUUCAUUGUUCAAAAGUUGGCAUGGUUGGUACGUGUUAAUUGCAAAUACAGGACUCCUUAUCGCAUGCUCAUUAGUGCGGUUGACUCCUUGGGCCAGUUGCAAAUCAUUCGCCAUUUCGUCGAACGGGAAUGCGACAACUCGGUCGAGCUAGGAUCUAACUUGCUUCAUGUGAUUGAAACACAAGUCCACGAUAUUGAGAGUGAAGGAGGGCACGACGAGAACAGUGAGGAAUAUGUGGAAAUGAAAGAAUGGCUGAAUGAAUAG